GCAUUUUCUUCGAGGUGAGCCAGUUGUUGGGAUUGAAUAUGAAGCUCAACUUCUGAAAAACAUCUUUCCCCGUGAUUCCCUCACUGCAUCCUAAAUCGACAUGUUCGAGAAAAUGAAUUCUGGCACGUAGCCUUAAAAAGGGAUUGUGGCAAAUUUUGUCAAUUCUGACAUUGGUCUGAAUUUCUUCAGAGAUGUCAGCAGUUGAGGUGUCAAAUUAUGCAGAGAAUUUACAGACAUCAUGCAGUUAUGUCAUAAAGGUAGUAGAACCACCAACUUCUGCAACAGGUGAUGACAUGAAAACUGUCUUACAGACUAUCAAUAGGCUCAAGCAAGAAAAAAAACAUAACUCCUUGGACUGAUGAGAAUAUUCCUAGGGGUCGUUUGGAUUAAGCAUUUUGAUUUGAGGGAUUUAUAAGGAAUUUGUAUCCAAAUUCUGCUCUUGAAAAUCCAGGUAAUUUAAACAAGGAAAUUGAAUCAAAUCACUUGUUUGAUGAAGGAUCCAGAAUUGUCUAAUGAGCAAUUUCUAUUUUAAUGACAAACAUAAAAUUACUAUUUUGCCCUGUUCACUCUCUUCUUUGCAGACACUUUUAAUCCCUCUCUUCAGCGAUGGAUGCGACCAGGGAAUGGGCGUACUCGAACGCGGCGUCUCCGGCGGAAUCGUUCGGAAAUGCGGUGACUUUCGUGUGCCGGAACCAGGAGACGGAUGUGACGAAGACGAUUCCGUAAAUCAUUGCCCCUUUUAUGUUCUUCACCAAGCAGUAAGCAAUGAUGAUGAAUUCGACGAUCUCAAUACGUUGCGGGGGCAGAGGAUGUCGCCGGAGACGAUCUCGCCGGGGAUCAGACUCACGGUCCCGUUCGCCAUCACCGGGGCCAACGACGCCCGGGAAGAUUUGGAGCAGGCUCCGAGUGUGACCAGAGUGGAUGAUUAUUGGGUUGCGCAGAAGCAGCGGGUUUCUCAAUCUCGGAGGCGGCGGAAAGGAGGAUCCCGGCGAAGAUCGUGGCGGAGAAGGGGGGUGUAGCUGCUGAGAGUUUCUCCGUUCCCUCCUCUCUGUUCUUGGCUGUUGAAGACCUCCCAAAUUGAAUCGUGGGUUUUCUCUGUUCUUGGCUGUUGAAGACCUCCCAAAUUGAAUCGUGGGUUUUCUCUAUUCUUGGCUGUUGAAGACCUCCCAAAUUGAAUCGUGGGUGCCAUCAGGGAACAAUUUGUCUAGUUCCAUCCUAAAACAGGGCAAUAAGAAGAAGUAAGGGAGAAAGUACUGUUCAAUUUGUCUAGUUCCAAUGACAAAUGAAUAUCAAACCUCAAC